UUAUUAAAAAUUAAAGAACGUGCAAAAACUUAUUGAAUAAAAUCCCGAUUGAAAAGGGAUAACCAAUGUCAAAAGUUGCCCAUUGAAACGAUGGAUAAAAGGCUCAGCGAUAGUCCCGGAGAUUGUCGCGUAACCAGAUCCAGCAUGACGCCCACCCUCCGCUUGGAGCACAGUCCUCGGCGGCAGCAACAGCAACAGCAGCAGCACCACCACAAUCAUCACCAUCAGCAACCACAUGAACAACAGCAACCAGAGUGUAGUGGCACAUCUGCAACAUCAAAAGCAAAAUCCAAAUCCAAAUCCCCCACACCUCCCACCAAAUCCCAAACGGGGGCCGGUGCCCCUCAGCAGCAACAGCAGCAGCAGCAGCAGCAUCAUCAGUUCCGUGCCCCGCAGCAGCAGCAGGGACCGAAGAACAAGAACAAGGCCUGGAGCAAACGGGGCCACAACAAGACAAGCGGCAAACACAGUGCCAGCGCCUGUGUCGGCAUUGCCCAGUCGCAUCCCAAUGGCAGCAGUGGGGCAAGUGGCGGCGUCGGCCUGGCUGGUGCGCAACCUCCGGCUGUGGGUGGCGGCGGACAGCUGCCCACUGUGGCGGCGGCCCACAAGGCCGAUCUGGAGAAUAUACAGAAUAUCAAGAAUCAAAUAUCCGGUAAUGUGAACCAUCAUGGCGGUGGCGGCGGCGGUGCGGCCUCCCAUCAUGGUGGAUCGCAUCAUGGUGGUGGCACUGGAGGCAGCGGCGGUGGCGGGGGACACCAUCAUCAUCACAAUACGCGACUGGCGCAGAUUGCCGCCGGCACCGUGGGUGUUGGCGGUGGCAAUGGCAUCUCUAUUGGAGCGAUGGACAAGCACGGACUAAAGUCACAGCAGCAGCUCUACAAGAAAAUGCUGGCGCACAGGGGCCAUCAUCAUCAUGUGCUGUGCGCCGGAAACAAUGCCAAUCACACGUGCUGCCUGGUCACCGGAUGCAAUGGCACCAGCGGCGGCGGAGGAGGAGGAGGCGGUGCGGCAGGUGGUAACAGUGGACUCAAUGCCACGGGUGGUGGCGUCAAUUCCUGCAAGGAUGCUCAGAGUAACAAGGACACCAGCUCUCUCAGCGGAAACAGCAACAUCUCGGGCAGUGCAGCAGCUGCCGCAGCGGCGGCCAAUGCCGUGCACUACUGCUGCGGACGGUCCAAGUUCUUCCUGCCGGAGAAGCGGCUGCGGAAGGAGGUGAUUGUGCCGCCCACCAAGUUCCUGCUGGGCGGCAAUAUCUCGGAUCCCCUCAACCUCAACUCGCUGCAGCACGAGAACACCUCGAAUGCCUCGAGCAGCAACAACACGCCGGCAACGACGCCGCGCCAGUCGCCGAUUACGACGCCCCCGAAGGUGGAGGUCAUCAUACCGCCCAACAUCCACGACCCGCUGCAUCUGCUCGAUCCCGUCGACUCGAUGGAGUACGAGAAGCAGCUGACGUCGCCAAUGAAGCGGGGCGGCAUGCUGACGCGUGGCAGCCACCUGAAGUUGCAGGCACAGCCGCAGGCCCACCAUCGCCAGCACAGGCCACGGAAGAACCGCAAGCGGAGACGUUUCGACUCAAACAACACCUCGCAUGCGGGCGACGAUGGGGGCGAGGGCAGUGAAACGCUUUCCGUUUCCUUGGAUGAUGCGGGGACCUCCUCCUCGGCUGCGUCCCCAGUGGCGCCGCUCAAUGCCGCUGGCUCUGCCGCUGCUGCGUCCAUCAGUUUGCUGCUGAGCGAAGCCGCCGCACCGGCAUCCGCAUCGGGUGGAACAGCGGAAAUGGGCCAGCAGCAGGCGCAUGUGCGCUCUCCCCAGGCCCUCACCAUGGCGACGGCAGAGAUGCCGGCACCCACGCUCACAGAGGCGGCUGUUCCGGCAACGGAACAAAUGGAAUGCAACAUGAGUCUGCUCUCAUCGCCGACAGCGCCGCCAGCUGCAUCGUCAUCACCGCAGCAGCAGCAACAGCAGCAACAGCAGCAGCAACAGCAGCAGCAACAACAACAGCAGCAGCAGGAACAUGUGCCCAUUGCAGUGUCAGAGGGGGCUGCGACAGCGGCUGCCCCCACAGAACUGCUGCUGAGUGCAGCAACAUCUGCGUCGACCUCGGCAGCAGCCCUGGCUGUGGCCUCGACACUGGCCGAGAGGCGGGCACAGGCCAGCCGGGAUUUGCGCCUGGAUUUAAGCAGCACGUGCUACGGCGUCGGCGGCACAGGUCUCAGCUUUGGCAGCAGCAGCGCGGCCAGCGUGGGCAGUGGUAGCGGCAGCGGCGGCGGUGGCAGGAAGAGGAAAAUCAGCGAAAGCAACAACUCGCAAAAGAGCAAGAAAUUCCAUCGUCACGAUGGCAUGGACAAGAUCGUGAGUCCGGUGGUGCCACAGCCAGGUGCAUGGAAGCGUCCGCCACGUUUGCUGCAACCCAGCGGGGCACGGAAACCAAACACGCGACGAUCCACGUCCUUCAGCGAGACGGAAGUGCUCAGCCCCAUAGAGGAGCAGCCGCCCAGACAGUUGCCACUCAUAGAAGUGAACAUCCCACGCGAUGAUACGCCAGAUUUGUCGGAGCAGGGCCUGGGCAGCCCGCUGAGCACCACAUCGGCGGCCACGUCGCACACGGCCGGGGAGCAGGAUUCCCUGCUGCCGGACACGGCCACCACGGCCAGCAGCGGCAGCGAAAUGGAGACAACAGCAGCAGCAGCGGGGUUGCUGGUGCAGCCGAAGCUAGAGGAGCCCACGCUGAUGCUGGAACCGGCGUUGAUACCCCCGCUCCAUAAGCUGCCCAAGUUCCGGGCGGAUGGGGUGAAGUAUCGCUAUGGCAACUUUGAUCGCUACGUGGACUUUCGGCAGCUGAACGAGUUCCGGGAUGUGCGGCUGCAGGUGUUCCAGCGGCAUGUGGAGCUCUUCCAGAACAAGGACAUCCUGGACAUUGGCUGCAACGUUGGCCACAUGACCAUCACGGUGGCCCGCCAUCUGGCGCCAAAGACCAUCCUCGGCAUCGACAUUGAUCGGGAGCUGGUGGGACGCGCUCGGCGGAAUCUGUCCAUCUUUGUGCGUAUACCCAAGGAGGAGAAGGUGAAGGUGGAGGUAAAGCAGGAGCCGACGACGGGGCAGCUGGUGAAGAGCGAACCCAUGGACGAGGAGACAGCUGCCGGGAGUCUGCACAAGAAAACGCGACGCGGCAAGAAGCGGCGAAAGGCGCAGCAGGAUCAGCAGCUGCUGCUGCAUCCGCACCACCAUCACCACCACCAUCAUCACCAUCAUCAUCACCACCACAAUCAUCAGAAUCAGGAGCAACUGCAGCAGCAGCACAAAUUGGAUGCACUGCUGGUGAAGCCGCACGAAUUCUUCCCCAUCUCAUUUCCGCUGACGUACGGCGGCAUGCCGCAACUGCCGCCGCCGGCGGGAAAAUCCCCAAACCUCUCGAACAAGAAUCAGUUCCCGGCGAAUGUCUUCUUUCGGCAAACGAACUAUGUGCUCAAGGACGAGUCGCUGAUGGCCAAUGAUACGCAACAAUACGAUCUCAUUCUGUGUCUCUCCGUGACCAAGUGGAUGCACCUGAACUUUGGCGACGCUGGUCUCAAGCUGGCCUUCAAGCGAAUGUUCAACCAGCUGCGGCCGGGGGGCAAGCUUAUUUUGGAGGCCCAGAACUGGGCCAGCUACAAGAAGAAGAAGAAUCUGACGCCGGAGAUUUACAACAAUUACAAGCAAAUCGAAUUCUUUCCGAAUAAAUUCCACGAGUAUUUGCUCAGCUCCGAGGUGGGAUUCAGUCACAGCUACACCCUCGGCGUGCCACGUCACAUGAACAAGGGCUUUUGUCGACCCAUUCAGCUGUACGCCAAAGGCGAUUACACACCGAAUCAUGUCCGAUGGAGCGAUGCCUAUUAUCCACAGACGCCGUAUGAGGCAUAUCGUGGCAUUUAUGCCACCUUGCCGGCGCAUCGCAUGGGCGGCGGAGGCAGCAGUGCCGGUGGCAGCCACAGCGGGCACGCGCCGCUGCUGCACAUGAGCAGCUCGAGUCGGUCGCAGAACUACGAUACGCCACACUAUGCUGGCAGCGCCUCGGGGUCGGCCAGCUUGCGGCAGACGCCGCGCUACCAGCCCACCUACAAUCCCCUGGAGACGGACUCCUACCAGCCCAGCUACGACAUGGAGUCGUAUGGCGGCAACCACAUGUACGUGUUCGCCUCGCCGCUCUACCAGACAGUCUGGUCGCCACCGGCCUCGCUGCGCAAGAGCUCCUCGCACACGCCCGUCUUUGGCAGCGUGCGAGAGGCGGAGCUGGACGGUGACAGCAGCAUCGGUGGCGGCGGCAGCGGCGGUGGCAGCUACCACAGGCACGUCUAUCCGCCAAACGAUGACACCUGCUCGCCCAAUGCCAACUCUGGCAAUGCGUUCAACUCAAUACGCGAUGCGGACACGGAUGACUCGAAUCAGCUGCCCAGCGGCAGUCGGCCACAUGUGUAUGCCACCAAUUGUGGCGAGAGCUCAUCGUCGCCGCAGGUGAACCAUCACGAGGCCACCGCCGAGUUUGUCGAGGAUGGCCUCAUGGAUGAUGAGCAGAAAACGCAGGUUGCCGGCAGCACGCCCACCACUGCCUACCACAGUGAUCUAUCGGAUGCCUGAGCGGGCAGGGUCGGGGGCGGCGACUGCACGAAGACGUCGCGAAAGAAAGAGAGGAAAGAAAAAUGUGUCAAAAACAAAACAAAAAGAGAAAAACGUAUAAAAAAGCAAAAGAAAAAUGCAAAAAUUGUUGCAAACAAAGCAAACAAAAAUAUGUAACCGUAAACGAGACGCUUAUGAUUUAUUUGUACGUAUACAUAUAAAAAAUAUAUAUAUAUGGUAGUAGUAAAUAAACGCAUCUAUAUAUAUUUUUAUAUAUUGUAAUUUAAAGAUAUAUACCAUAUAAUAAUAUAUGUAUACCGAUAUACAGAUGAAUGUGUUUAUAGGUGAUUUUGUAGAUUAGCUAACGAUUUUUGCUAGAAUGCUUUAUGGUCAAGUUCUGAUUUGAUCCUUGUUGGCGCGGUGUGGCUCUUUUAUGUAAAAUUAUAGUUUCAACGCAGACACACAACACAAACACACAAAAACACACACACAACAAGCUGUAGCUUUAAAUUGUGCUAUACAAAAAUGCUUAGUGAAUAUCCGUAUCUGUAUCUGUAUUAUAGCAACGGAGAAAAGAAUGUCAAGAAAACUCGCUGUAAAAUGCAACUAUUUUUGAUCAACAAUUUUUGGCAAAAG